CUCUUGGGGGGAACAAAUUGUAUCUGCAGCGGAAUCAUAGGCCCAAGAAGAAGAGAAGAAUGGUGGUAUGAAUAUGAUUAAUGAUUAUGAAGCUCAGCUCAUAGAAAGCAUUUUGGAAACGAAACCUCUUCUCACUAGACACUGACUAACAAUGGCGGCUGAGGCUCAGCUUCCUGACCACUUCAAGUGUCCGAUUUCCCUGCAAAUCAUGUCCGACCCCGUCAUCCUCUCUUCCGGCCACACCUUCGACCGCUCCUCCAUCCAGCGCUGGCUGGACGCCGGCCACCGCACUUGCCCAAUUACCAAACUACCCCUCCCUGCACACUCCUCCCUCAUCCCCAACCACGCCCUCCGAAGCCUAAUCUCCAACUACGCCCCCAUCAACCCUCAACAACACCACCACCCCCAAACCCUAAUCUCCUCCCUCACCUCUCUCUCCUCCCCUCUCCCCUCCAAACUCGACGCGCUCCACCACCUCACGCGCCUCUCUCACUCCGACUCCCUCUUCCGCCGCCGCCUCUUCAAUUCCCCCGCCCUCGUCCCCGCCCUCUUAACCUGCCUCCAACACAUCUCCGCCGACCUCCGCCAUCGCGCCCUCUCCCUCCUCCUCCACCUCUCCCUCGACGACGACGCCAAGGUCGGCCUCGUCGCCGAGGGCCUCCUCUCCCCUCUCAUCACUCUACUCCUCUCCGCCGCCCCCUCCGACUGCCGCGCCCUCUCCGCCACCCUUCUCACCAGCCUCGCCGUCCUCCACGUCAACAAGGCCACCAUCGGAGCCUUCCCCGGCUCCAUCCACGCCCUGGUCACACUCCUCCGGGACGGUAAAGGCAGAGAAAGAAAAGAAGCCGCCACCGCGCUCUACGCCCUCUGCUCCUUCCCCGACAACCGCCGUAGAGCGGUAGAGUGCAGCGCCGUUCCUGUUCUGCUUCGAAGCGCCGAUUCCGGGCUUGAGAGGAGCGUUGAGGUUAUUGGGGUUUUGGCGAAGUGUAAAGAGGGGAGGGAACACAUGGAACGGUUUCGCGGGUGUGUGCAGAUUCUUACUCGCGUGUUGAGGAAUGGAAGCUCCAGAGGAGUUCAGUAUGCUCUUAUGGCUCUCUAUUCUCUCUGUUGUCACAGUGAAGAAACUGUUGUCGAGGCUUUACGAAAUGGGGUUUUGGAUAUUUGUCAAGGCUUGGUCGAGGAUGAUAAUGCCAAGGUCAAGAGGAAUUCGUCCUGUUUGGUUCAGCUUCUCCGUGGGAACACCCAUCGCUUGAGUUAGUUGAGUUUGGCUAUCAGUUCGAUUCGUGGCUUUAAAUUACGUCAAGCUAUUUUGACACUCCUCAAAAGCAUCAUGAUCACAACCAAUCCAACACUCAUCUAGCUUCCGCUUUAUGUAUUGAAAAAGUGUAAAAUUGGAAUUGGAAUGGAGAAGGGUCAGUUUUGAUGUCCUCUGUGGAGGGUUCUUUUGUAUGUUGUACAUUGGAAAUAAAAAUUGAUGAGCUAGCUUUCUCUUGUUCAUCCUUUGGAGAUUCCUAUUGGACUGUAAUGCCUCCUUCCUGUCUGAAAACUUCUCUUGGAAUCCAAGCAACUAUGCAAUAUUGGGUUAACACUUAAAUGAAGCAACUGAUAACAUCUUGCCUUCCGCCACGUUCUGUCACUCCAAGCGUACAUUUGAGGAGGGCCACAUCACAAUAACUUACUUCAGAAUAUGCAAUCCAAGUAUUUAAAAAUUUUCAGGCAGAGUUUUUGAAAUCAAGCUUUACUUAAUCUAUAUAAUUAAUAAUAAAUGUAUGGCUGAAAUAUAUUCCUUAAUCCUAAUGUAUGAAAUUUUAGAAA